AUUUACCCACUGAUUGAAAUCUGUUUUAUGGACUGUUUUUUCAUUUUAUUGUCUCAUGGGUUUGGUAUGGAUGAAUUUUAUGUUUAUAUGUGGAAUCUAUAUGUAAAAAAAAAUACUAGUUAAAAAAAAAAAGCAAACAAAUACAAAAAAAAAAAAAUCACAUUACAUAACAUGACAUUUGUGUCAGUAUGACAGUGAAAUUAAAAGAAAGAAACAUGGCAGGCACCUCUGUACUGGUCACUGGUUGGUAAGAGUUGGUGGGCGGGCCUUUCAGUCAGAUGUCACUCAAAGGGCUGAUCGGAGCAGCUGAUUGGACAGCAGCCUCCUGAGACAAGGAAGUAAACAGACAGAAGCACAAGUGCAAAGAGAAAUUCUUCCACCAGCACUCAGAAAGAAGAUGCCACAAUACCUCAGACUGACAGGUGAUGUUGGAGCUCAGUAAGCUGCCAGCCUGCUGCCAACCUCUGCUGUUCAGAGGGGGGAAAACAGGCAUCGCUUAAUCCUUAUCUGACCGUAGGUGUGUGAUACACGGGGUGAGGUUUGAUGCUGCUGGGGGAUCAUCGGCGCAGCACAGAGUACAGGAGGAUCCAAGGAGCCGUGGUGCUUCAGCAGGGUCAUGGCCGCUUUACAGCAUCCACGCCUCUGUUUUAUAAUCUGUGUCUCGACCAUUUCACUCCUCAUCCUCUUCAGCCAAGUGUUAACAGACAGACUUCAGGAGGGGAGACACAAAAGAGACGUCCUGGACUCCACAGAUAUCCCAGCAGAGCACAUCGAUCCAGCUGCCAUCGACCUCACUCCCCUCGUCAAUACUCUAAUAAAUACAAGCCAAUCGGGCUCCCAGCAGCUCUUCUCCCUCCUCAGUGUGACGUCCUACAGCUCUCUGGCUCUCCAUAAACUCACCCUGCUGGUCUACAACAUUUCCAACAUUAGAAGUUUAGAAAGCAACAAGUUCAGGAGAAGAUUCUGCUACUGUGUCUCUAAUGAGACCAACGAUCUAACGGACUUCACGGCCAUUCUGUUGGAUGUGAUGGGAAACUCGACAAGUUACCUGCAUGAGCUCUUUAAAUCUGCCUCCAUAUUAUCAGUAAGCCAGAGGAACAACUCUGACUGUAUUUACAUCUGUGUGAUGGCGGGUAAGAUGGGCAGAGAGAUGCCGGAGCUGUGGGAGGUUGGCUCCAUCACACCACUCUUCAACCAGACCAUCAUGGAGGGACCACACAGAGGUAACGUCUCCUCCUUCAGACUCCCUGUGGAAUGGCACCAACUGCCCACGAAUCUGAGUCACAUCUCUCCAUCUGGGAUGAGCUCCAGUUUAACCAGCAGAGUUCAUUCUACCGCACAUGUUUCACCAACAACAAUGGAUCAAACAGCUGUUUUAACAGCAAAGAUCACCACUGCCCAGCCACUGGCGACAGCUCCACAGCCUGUAACCACCAUUCCACAAAGUCAAACUACAGUGGACAGGCCGGAGACAACAACGAGAGAGAGGACACAGGAGGUGACAGUACAGGAAGUGACAACACGUGCAGUGAUGACAGCACAGACAACAGCUACAAAAGUGCCAACAAUUUUACAACCAGUCACGUCAACGCAACCUGAAACCACCCUGCAAGUCACCACUGCGUCUGUAACGACGGCUUUAGCUCCAGCCACAGUAAGAGCUCUACCAACCACAGUAAGAGCUCCAUCAACUACAGUAAGAGCUUCAUCAACCACAGCAAGAGCUCCAUCAACCACAGUAAGAGCUCUACCAACCACAGUUAGAUCUCCGCCAACCACAGCAAGAGCUCCAUCAACCACAGCAAGAUCUCCGCCAACCACAGCAAGAGCUCCUUCAACCACAGCAAGAGCUCCACCAACCACAGUACGAACUCCAUCAACCACGGCAAGAGCUCCACCAACCACAGUACGAACUCCAUCAACCACAGCAAGAGCUCCAUCAACCUUAGCAAGAGUUCCAUCAACCACAGCAAGAGCUCCACCAACCACAGUACGAACUCCAUCAACCACAGCAAGAGCUCCACCAACCACAGUACGAACUCCAUCAACCACAGCAAGAGCUCCACCAACCACAGUUAGAUCUCCAUCAACCACAGCAAGAGCUCCAUCAACCUUAGCAAGAGUUCCAUCAACCACAGUAAGAGCUCCAUCAACCACAGUAAGAGCUCUACCAACCACAGUUAGAUCUCCAUCAACCACAGCAAGAGCUCCAUCAAGCACAGUAACAUCUCCAUCAAUCCCAGUAACAACUCGUCUAACCACAGUAAGGUUUCCAUCAACCACAGUCACAGCUCGAUCGACCAUGGUAACAGCUCAAACAACCCCAGUAACAGCUCCAUCAACAACCACACUGACCACAGCAUCAACCAAACUCACAACCUUCUUACCAGUUAUUAGUCUGACCCGGCUAACUACAUCUACACAUCAGCUAAGUAUGAUGGCCCAGCACGCCACGUUGACAGGUCAUACCACAAGACUUUCACCCGUCCAUCCCACGGCAGGAUUUACUGUGUCGAGAAGGACUACAGGGCUUCUAAGCAGGAUAACUACAACACCCAGCAAGUCUCUGGAAACAGAAAAACCAGGUUGUCCUUGGAGGAGGCCGGAGCUGACUGACCUCUCGCUCUCCGGCAGCACGACGACCGUCAGCGCUCACAAGCUGCAGCCCUGUGUCCUCGAGCUGUGCAAGUUCUUCUCCCAGUGCCUCUGCAGACCCUUCAGCCACAAGACGCGCAUGAAAAGGUACUGUGACGACAGCCACCUCUGGUAUGAAAAACACACGUCUGAGGUGUGUCGGCGGGUCAGGAGAGUCUCCUUCUCCAGAAAUCUGAAACAGAGAUGCCUGACAAAGAUGUGCAAUAAACUGUGACCAGAGUGAAACAAAGAGCUGUUCAUCAUCACAGGAAGUGACUGAAAACUACAAACUACAGCUGAGUACACUCCUGGAGCAUCUGAGGAAUGUGUGGAAACAGAUUUCUAAAUCUGAAUGGAAUCUGGAAAUUGUUUACACUGAAAGUUUUUAUACAGAAGUGCGACUUUUACACAUUUGUCAUAUGUUGACUUUUAUCACUAGAAUCUACACAGUGAUUUAGAUUUUUAGCGGACACUACACGUAUGACCUAACUGCACCAAACCAAACACCAAAAUCUGGAAUCCUGGACUAUUUAUAAACAUCAGAUUUAAAACCAAGCUUUUCAAAUCAGCUGAUGAUUUAAAGGUUUGGAAACGGUCUGGAAUUUGGGAAAAUAUGUACAAACUGUGUCUUUUUCUAAAGGAACCAAUUUAGAUUUUUCUUGUCAGUUUAAUAAAAGUCUGGCUAAUU